AUGUCAGGCGAAAUUAGUAUCGCUUGUUCAUGCACCAGCGUGGCGCCGCUGCCAAGACAAGCAAGCGGGCGGGAUCGAGCUGGCAUCGCCGCCAAAAUGGCGUCGACGCCAAGCCGUCGCCAAGUGAGGGAUCCUUUACUUCGUACAGACGAUUUGACGUUAUCGAAAGCGAAACAAAUUUGUCAAGCGGCAGAAAUUUCUAAGGAAGAAAGUAUGUGUAUCAACGGCAAAGAGGCGGAGAGCAGUCAGGUGGAUAAAGUUCAGGGCGACAGCCGCGGGGCGCGCAGCUGGCGCAGCGACAGGGGCCGAAUGCAGACCGAGGCUGGAAGGGGGCCGCGCGGCGCGAGUCAGCCCAGCGCUGCAGCCCGCGCCGCAGCCUUUUAUAUUUUAUUAAUAACAUAA